AGGAUUUUAAUCUUAAAAGAGAAGAGAUAAAAACUCUUGGGUAUUAUUCGGCUGGAUUUGAGAAGGGAAGCGAAUUUGAAAAACUUCAUUUACAAGGGUACAUUCAAUUUAAUACUAGAGUUACCGAAAAAUAUGUAAAGCAACAUUUUGGAAAUAAUUUACAUAUCGUCGUGCCAACUUUUAACCUGCGGAGAAAGCAGAAUUCAGAUAGACCAUAUAAAACUGAUCUUGAAGAUGUAUGCGAUGAGUGUCUUCCAACAAAAAAAACCUGUAUACAAAGUAGAAGAUCACUUGAAAUAAAGGAUAGGAAUGGAAUUAUUAUUAAAAA